AAUUAAAAGACGGCUAAUGCUGCUCUAAUUGGGCAGAAUGUGAGCUGAAGUUUUUCACUCUCGUGCCGGAGCUAUUACACGGCUAAUGCUACUCCCACAAGCGCUGUCUUCCAAAUGCGCAAUUGCCAUAUCUAAAUCCCAGAGAGCAUUUUUGAGGAAGCCCUCUAUCAACACUUCGUUCAUCACCUCCUUUCAUAUCUCUUGCCGCACAGUCAAAACCAGUACCAUCCCAUUAAGGUCUAAGCACUCAGAGAUGACGGAAUCUGAAUUUAAUUAUACAUUUGGACCGUAUAAGAUCAACCAGCGAGAAGUAUUUUACUCAACUGAUCUGUCCUAUGCUAUGGUUAAUCUUCGGCCUCUUAUGCCUGGUCAUGUGCUUGUUUGCCCAAGGCGUGAGGUCAAGCGGUUUGUUGAUCUCACUGCCAAUGAGACCAGUGAUCUGUGGCUCACUGCCCAGAAGGUUGGUAGUAAACUUGAGCAUCAUCACAAAGCAUCUUCACUUACAUUUGCAAUCCAAGAUGGGCCUCAAGCAGGACAGACCGUACCUCAUGUGCACAUACAUGUUCUCCCACGAAAAAGUGGUGACUUCGAGAAAAAUGAUGAAAUAUAUGAUGCUAUAGACCUGAAGGAAAAGGAAUUGAAGCAGAAACUUGACUUAGAUAAGGAAAGGAAGGACAGGACCUUCGAGGAAAUGGCUCAAGAGGCAGAUGAAUAUAGGAUGCUUUUCUUGUAGAAUUCGCAGAGCACAGAGUUCUCAUUUCGCUUUCCUCUGAUCAGCGUUUAGUACAUUUCAUAGUAACCCGAAACAAUAUCUGUUUAUUUAAUUUUAGUCAGGCCUAUAGACUUGCAUAUUGCUUCCCAUAUAUUGAUCUGAAUGGAAGGUGUGAUGCUUAUCCAUGGA